AUGAGAAACCUGCCAGGCCCUGCCAUGGGGAAGACCAACAGCAAACUGGCCCCAGAGGUGCUGGAAGACCUGGUUCAAAACACCGAGUUCAGUGAGCAGGAGCUGAAGCAGUGGUACAAGGGCUUCCUGAAGGACUGCCCCAGCGGCAUCCUCAACCUGGAGGAGUUCCAGCAGCUCUACAUCAAGUUCUUCCCCUACGGUGACGCCUCCAAGUUCGCGCAGCACGCUUUCCGCACCUUCGACAAGAACGGCGACGGCACCAUCGACUUCCGGGAGUUCAUUUGCGCCCUUUCGGUCACCUCCCGCGGUAGCUUCGAGCAGAAACUCAACUGGGCCUUUGAAAUGUACGACCUGGACGGUGACGGGCGCAUCACGCGUCUCGAGAUGCUGGAGAUCAUUGAGGCUAUUUACAAGAUGGUGGGCACUGUGAUCAUGAUGCGCAUGAACCAGGAUGGGCUCACGCCCCAGCAGCGCGUGGACAAGAUCUUCAAGAAGAUGGAUCAAGAUAAGGACGACCAGAUUACACUGGAGGAGUUCAAGGAGGCGGCCAAGAGUGACCCAUCUAUUGUGCUGCUGCUGCAGUGUGACAUGCAGAAGUAGAGGCUGGUGAGGGGCAGGGCCCCUGGCCAGGAAGGGCGUGGCCACCUCCCAACCCAGUGACCUCUCUGGCUGGCCCUUCCUUAGGGGGAGGGGGACUCCAGCCUCACUCUCUGGCCCACCCACCCCUCUGCCCAAGCCCUUGCUCUCCUCAGUCAAGAUCCUUAAGGGACCACCUCACCCUGGAAUAGAGAAGAUCCUCAGGUAUUUAAUGGCCUAGCCCCAGCCCCAGUC